AUGGCCGCUUCCUCGGCUCCUCUCCUCCUCUUACUAUGCCUCGCCGUCGUCUCCCCGGCGGCAGCGCGCACCGAGGACCUCCUCGCCGCGGCCCGCGCGCCGGAGGCCGCCGCCUGGCUGCGCGGCGUGCGGCGGCGCAUCCACCAGCGCCCGGAGCUGGCCUUCCAGGAGCACCGCACCAGCGAGCUCGUCCGCCGCGAGCUCGACGCCAUCGGCGUCCCCUACGCGUGGCCCGUCGCGCGGACGGGCGUCGUGGCCACCAUCGGCUCCGGCGCCGGCCCGGUCGUCGCGCUCCGGGCCGACAUGGACGCCCUGCCCGUGCAGACUUCUAGACCGGCUUAG